CAACACAAGCGAACGCCAGUCACCACACACGAUCCGUGACACGCCCUCAACGACGCCGCAGCCCAACACGAAACCAGACCGGAUCGAGCACCCGUCGCCGCCGGCGUAACCGUCGCAGAUGGAGGAGGAGACCCUGACGCUCACGGCCCUGCUCAAGGCCGCCGCCGCCGCCCACCCGUCGCGCCGCGCGAUCGCCGUUCAUGGCAAGAUCGACCUCACGCACGCCGACCUCGACGCCCUCGUCGACGCCGCCGCCGCGCGCCUCCACGGCGCCGGGGUCCGGCCGGGCCAAACCGUCGCGCUCUGCUUCCCCAACACCGUCGAGCUGGUGGUCACGUUCCUGGCGGUGAUCCGAGCGCGGGCCGUGGCGGCGCCGCUGAACCCGGCGUACACGCAGGAGGAGUUCGAGUUCUACCUCUCCGACUCGGAGGCGCGGCUCCUGGUCACCAACGCGGAGGGCAACGCCGCCGCGCAGGCGGCCGCCGCCAAGCUGGGCCUCGUCCACGCCGCCACGACCACCCUCGUCUCCCCCGCCGGCCCGCUGCACCUCUCCGGCCUCCCCGAUGCCAAAGAAAACGGCGCCCAGCAGGAGAACGGCCUCUCCUGCGACAACGAUCCGUCGGACGUGGCCCUGUUCCUGCACACGUCCGGCACGACGAGCCGGCCCAAGGGUGUGCCGCUGACGCAGCGCAACCUGGCGGCGUCGGUGCAGAACAUCCGGGCGGCGUACCGGUUCGUGGAGACGGACGCGACGGUGGUGACGCUGCCGCUGUUCCACGUGCACGGGCUGAUGUGCGCGCUGCUGUCGUCGCUGGCUUCCGGCGCGGCGGUGACGCUGCCCGCGGGCGGGCGGUUCUCGGCGUCGACGUUCUGGGCCGACAUGCGGGCGGCCGGGGCGACGUGGUACACGGCGGUGCCGACCAUCCACCAGAUCAUCCUCGACCGGCACGCGUCGAAACCCGAGGGGUACCCGGCGCUGCGGUUCGUGCGCAGCUGCAGCGCGUCGCUGGCGCCGGUGAUCCUGGAGCGGCUGGAGGCGGCGUUCGGGGCGCCGGUUCUGGAGGCGUACGCGAUGACGGAGGCGUCGCACAUGAUGACGUCGAACCCGCUGCCGGAGGACGGGGCGCGGAAGCCGGGUUCGGUGGGGCGGCCGGCGGGGAAGAUGGAGCUGGCGGUCCUGGACGAGCAGGGGCGGGAGGUGGCGGCGGGGAGCCCCGGGGAGGUGUGCGUGCGGGGGGCCAACGUGACGGCGGGGUACAAGGGGAACCCGGCGGCGAACGCGGAGGCGUUCGCGUACGGGUGGUUCCACACGGGCGACAUCGGCGUGCGGGACGCGGAGGACGGGUUCGUGCGGCUGGUGGGGCGGAUCAAGGAGCUGGUGAACCGCGGCGGCGAGAAGAUCUCGCCGAUCGAGGUGGACUCGGUGCUGCUGUCGCACCCGGACGUGGCGCAGGCGGUGGCGUUCGGGGUCCCCGACGAGAAGUACGGCGAGGAGAUCCACUGCGCGGUGAUCCCGCGGGACGGGGUGAGCAUGGCGGAGGAGGAGGUGGUGGCGUUCUGCCGGCGGAACCUGGCGGCGUUCAAGGUGCCCAAGAAGGUGUACAUCGCCGACGACCUCCCCAAGACGGCCACCGGCAAGAUCCAGCGCCGCAUCGUGUCGCAGCACUUCUUCGUGCCGCCGGCAGCCGCCGCCACCAAGGCCUAGAGGAUCUUGUUUCUUGUUCUUGUUUGUUUGCACGACGACGAGGGGAUGAGAUUGCGCGCCACAUUGGAAGUCGUGAAACGAAUAAUCAAACUGUGCUAGUGACUAUUCUUUUGAAAAGGAAAACCCGUGUGAUCACACACGCGAAGAAGCACUGACCAGCUCUUCUUUUUCUGGUGGCUUUUAGUUUAUUUUACUGUUGAAAGAAAAAGGUUUGUUA